AUGGAAUGAAUUUACUCCCGAGAGUGCUCCAUUUGAUGUUAAUUGUAUAUUAUCGGAAGAAACGAAAGAUGUGGAAAAGCACAGCAUUGACACUAUUAGUAAUUGUAUUGGUUCAGGUUGCUGGCUACUCACUCGAUCAAUGCAAAAGUGUUUUCAGCGAUUCUGCUAAGAAGCAGUUCUGUAAGACAAAAAGGUUCGAAACGAUUCCUGGAGUUGAUAUGGACAAAGCUUUGGAUUGCGUAUUGCAGGCUGUCAAUGUGGUAGACAAAACGGGAUACGCGAAUUACCACGGACUCCACCAGCCUAUGAAUAAUAUUGAACAACAUCGAAAGCAUGACAUCAAUUUGGAAAUAUGCAUUGGCAAGUCAUUCCGAUUGGAGCCCAAAAUCAAACGUGCCAAUGCGUUUUACAAGUGCAUUAUGAAUACUGAUUCGAAAGACACGUUCAAGAAGGUGCUUAAUGCCAGGGUGUGCAACUAAUUUGAUUCUUUGAUCGAACUGAUAUGAAAUAAAAUAAACUAUGUGCAAUGUAA